UUUCUCCGCGGCGCUUCACGGUGUCAUCACGUUUAAUUUAAAGUGAUUUGUUCAUCAGCGGAACUCGCGCGGUGUCUUGUGUUUUUUUUAGUUUUCAACAAUACCUAAAGAAAUGGCAUCGAAAUUGAGAAGAACGCCAUUAUUUGGAAAGUUGCAUUUACAUUCGACUUUUCCGCCGGCGACAUCGACGGUGAAACAUCCAGUAAAGAUGGAGUGUGGCGUAAGUGCGGGCUACACUAAUGGCACCACCACACCGACCGGUAUUCUCGCACACGACGUACGUACCGAAAGAUCGCCCGCGAAGGCGGGCCUACACGUAAAUUUUAGUGACAAGAGUGAGGUUAAGGAACGUAGAGAAAAGUUUCUUACCGCCAAAUAUGGAAAUCAUCAGAUGAGUCUCAUACGAAAGAGGCUGGCGGUGGAAAUGUGGCUUUAUGAGGAACUUAAGAAAUUGUACACGACACCGCAAACGGUAGGCGAUGUAAACGAUGAAGUAGAAGUAGAUAUAGAUGAACUUCUAGAUAUGGACAACGAUGAGGAAAGGCGGAGACAUUUACAGACACUUCUUAUUGGUGCGAAAAAAUCUCAACAUGAUGUAAAAAAGUUUAUCAAUGAUUUAUUAGAUAAAGCAAAGACUCUAUAAAUUAAGUGAAGUGCCAAAAAGGUGAAGAGACACCACCGGCAACUGAGGUGCCCAAAUGCACACACGUAGUGAUUACCCAUACAUCGAUGUUCGUCGUUUUUAAAAGUGUAUUCCGCCCUUUUUGGACUAAGAACAAUAGUAAAUUUUUUUUCAAAUGCGAUAGAUACAAUACAAUAUGGAGUAGAAGAAUUUGUUUGAAGUUGCUGUAUAGGGAUAAAUGUAAUUUUAACCAGUUAUAUUUAUUAUUUUAGUGCUGAUAGUGUGGCCAGUUGCCUCAAGACGAUUGUUAAACAAAUUUUUGUAUACUUUUUUAUGUUUCUUUGUAAGAUUUUCAAUUGCUAGUGUUUUUUUAUUAAUGGCUAGUCUUUAAAAAAUGAUACAAAUGUAGAAUUACCAUAUCUGACUGCCUGUUUGAAUUAGUAGGUAAUUGUCAAAUUGUUAAUACAAAUAUUAUUAUCGUAGUGAGUGAAUGACUGCAAUGUAACACGCGAAGAAUACAGAUUCAUGCUCAAAAUGUGAUUGGCGGUACGAAACAUGUUGCUUUUUUGUGUUGUAUGAUGAUUUAAGGCACUUGGAUUGAAAGGAAAUCAAUUUUAGCUCUGUUGUGUAAUGAUCAAUGUGAUCUCAAUCAUCUCAAUUUUGACAUGAAUACCUAUUCUAGACUAGAACCUAUUUGUAAUUUAAUAAAUGUAUGUUACUUUUAAUGAGAAAAUAAACUGUUCAUAUUUACAAA